AUGUCUGCUUCCCUGAAAACUAACUUCCUAGGUUUUAACUAUGAAAACCCAUUAAUGAAUGCCUCAGGUGUCCAUUGUAUGAGUACUACUGAAUUAGAUGAAUUAGCUAACAGUAAAGCAGGUGCCUUCAUUACUAAGAGUAGUACUCCUAAUGACAGAGCUGGUAACCCAUCUCCACGUUAUUAUUCAGUUCCUUUAGGUAGUAUUAAUUCUAUGGGUCUACCUAACAAGGGGAUCGAUUACUAUUUAGAAUAUGUUCUUGAUCGUCAAGCUAAAUAUCCAGAUGCUGGUCCAAUCUUCUUCUCUGUUGCUGGUAUGAGUGUCGAUGAUAACUUAAACAUGUUACAUAAAAUUCAAGAUAGUAAUUUUAAUGGUGUCACCGAAUUGAAUUUAUCAUGUCCAAAUGUUCCAGGUAAGCCACAAGUUGCUUAUGAUUUUGAACUAACUAUCGAAAUUCUAACGAAAGUAUUUGCUUUCUUUAAGAAGCCAUUAGGUGUAAAACUACCACCAUAUUUUGACUUUGCUCAUUUCGAAAUUAUGUCAGAUAUUCUAAACAAGUUCCCAUUAACUUAUGUUAACUCGAUUAACAGUGUAGGUAAUGGUCUAUACAUUGAUGUAGAAAAGGAAAGUGUUGUCAUUAAGCCAAAGGAUGGUUUUGGUGGUAUUGGUGGUGAAUAUGUUAAGCCAACUGCCCUUGCUAAUGUCCGUGCUUUCUAUACUCGUCUAAACCCAAGUAUCAAGAUUAUUGGUACUGGUGGUAUUAAAACUGGUCAAGAUGCAUUCGAACAUUUACUGUGUGGUGCCACUAUGUUACAAAUUGGUACUGAAUUACAAAAGGAAGGUGUAUCUAUAUUUGACCGUGUGGCGAAGGAAUUACUAGAUAUUAUGAACAAGAAAGGCUAUAAGACAAUUGACGAAUUCCGCGGUAAGUUAAACAGUUUAUAA